AUGUCAUCUCAACUUCCCACGCAGGCUCAGCUCAAUUUGGCUGCUUUGGCCGGUUCUCCAUCACCACGGACGAUGCGAGGCCUGCGUAAGAUCCAGUCUCACCACAACCUCUCCUCCGGCCCUCCCAUAUCCUCCCAGCUCUCCUCCGCCCGCUCCUCCGCAGGACCCGACGAGCUCUCCCACCCGACCCAGUUAGAAUCCCCUGUCCGGCUGCGAACACAUCGUCGCGCGAGAUCGAACAGUGACGCCUCAUCCCGCGGUGCUCCAACGAUACCUGCCCAGCGACGGCCUGGACGUAAGACAGGGUCUGGCUUUGGAGUAAAGAAGUCCCCUUUAGAAACGUUGUUACGAGACGGUCCCCAACAGGGGAACCUCCAAGAAACGCUCCAGGAACUGCGAUACUUGGUUCUAUCUACAAGAGUAGAAGCAGACGGCGAUGGCAUGUCAACAUAUAGAGUCUACUUAUGGCUGAUCCUCCUCGAUAUCCCACCACUCCCUACCGAUCAAUACCUCUCCCUUAUCCAUCGUGGACGUUCGCCUGCAUAUACAAAAAUCCGCAACGACACCUUCCGCACCCUAGCCACCGAUCCGCUCUUCAAACGCCGUGUCACAGAAGCUAGCCUCAUCCGAUUGUUGAAUGCAGUGGCAUGGAAGAUUCACGAUGCGAAGAUCAAGAACAAGCCCAAGUCCCGUCCAUCCUCGCGCCGACGUGAGAUGGAACUCCUCAUCAACACACCGCCAAGCAUCGCAGAAGAAGAACCGUCAGUGGAGGAGAUGACGCCCAGCAGCCUCAUCAGUAGCAAUAGCAGCACAGCAGCAGUUAGCCCUGGCAUCACCAGCGAGUCGGCAAUCUACGUGCAGGGCAUGAACGUCCUCUGCGCUCCGUUCCUCUACGCAGCCCGCAGCGAAGUCGAGGCAUUUGCGCUUUUCCACACUUUCAUCACCCGUGAAUGCCCCGGCUACAUCCGGGGUGGCAUGGACGGUGUUCAUCGAGGGCUCAACCUUGUUGACCGAUGUUUAGAGAUCGUGGAACCCAAACUGGCGGCCUAUCUAUUCUCCAAGGGAUUACAAGCGAAAUUAUACGCAUUCCCAUCAGUCCUGACGCUCUGUGCAUGCACACCUCCGCUCCCUGAAGUCCUCCAUCUGUGGGAUUUCCUAUUUGCUUAUGGGCCACAUCUCAACAUCCUAUGCAUCGUGGCGCAACUGAUAUUGAUGAGAGACACCCUCCUGAAAAGCUCAAAUCCGAACAAAAUUCUCCGAUCAUUCCCACCCCUCGACGCGAAAGAGACUAUCGCUCUGGCCGCCCUAAUUGUUCGCAAGAUCCCCGAUCCCCUGUACGCCGAAUUAAUAGACCAUGCGAAAUGA